UCAGCUGACUGUGAGUGAGGAGUUGUGUUGAAGGACCUCUGAGAAGCAAACCUGCGAUUAUCUACGCUAUGCAUGGGAAUCUGCGACCACUCGACUGAACAGAACCGCGCGGACCGAACCCCGAAGCCGUCAAACUCAGCGGUGAGUGUGAAAACACGGCGAUUUGUUGACGUCGUGACAGCGCGAGGCUGCAACGAAAACAAGCUCGUGUCAGCAGCGAGCUAACACUGACAUUUAACCACGUAGCGACCAGAGGCCCAGUGGACAAACUUCCAGCCAGCAGCCAUGGCAGAAUUCUGGUUGAUCUCUGCCCCAGGGGAGAAGACAUGUCAGCAGACCUGGGACAAGCUGAUGGUCGCCACCUCACGCACCAACAACCUCUCCACCAACAACAAGUUCAACAUCCCUGACCUCAAGGUUGGAACGCUAGACGUCUUAGUGGGUCUGUCGGAUGAGCUGGCUAAACUGGACACUUUCGUGGAAAGUGUGGUGAAGAAGGUCGCUCAGUACAUGGCUGAUGUUCUGGAGGACAGCCGAGACAAAGUCCAGGAGAACCUACUGGCCAAUGGAGUUGACCUGGUCACCUACAUCACCAGAUUUCAGUGGGAUAUGGCUAAGUACCCAAUCAAGCAGUCUCUGAAAAACAUCUCUGAGAUCAUUUCCAAGCAAGGAACUCAGAUAGACAACGACCUGAAGGCCCGAGCUUCAGCCUACAACAACCUGAAGGGGAAUCUGCAGAAUCUGGAGAGGAAGAAUGCGGGGAGCUUGUUGACCAGGAGUCUGGCUGACAUAGUGAAGAAAGAAGACUUUGUUCUGGACUCUGAGUAUCUGAUUACCAUGCUGGUAGUCGUCUCAAAGACAAACUACACUGACUGGCAGAAGACGUAUGAAACGCUGUCUGAGAUGGUUGUACCACGCUCCACAAAGCUGCUGUUUGAAGACCACGACAGUGGUCUGUUCAGCGUCACUCUCUUCAGGAAGGCCAUAGAUGACUUCAAGCACAAGGCCAGGGAAAACAAGUUUACAGUGCGUGAUUUCCAGUAUAAUGAGGAGGAGAUGAAGGCAGAUAAGGAGGAGAUGACACGUUUGUCCACGGACAAGAAGAAACAGUUUGGGCCUUUGGUGCGAUGGCUGAAAGUGAAUUUCAGUGAAGCCUUCAUCGCGUGGAUCCACAUAAAAGCUCUGCGAGUGUUUGUGGAGUCAGUACUGAGAUAUGGGCUGCCUGUCAACUUCCAGGCCAUGCUGCUCCAGCCCAACAAGAAAAACAUGAAGAAGCUGAGGGAGGUGCUGUACGACCUGUACAACUAUCUGGACAGCAGCGCUGCGGUCAUCGACGCCGCUAUGGACAUCCCAGGUCUGAAUUUGAGCCAGCAGGAGUACUACCCCUAUGUUUACUACAAGAUCGACUGCAACCUGCUGGACUUCAAAGUCUAGAUACGUUGCCAUCAUCAUCAUCAUCCUCAUCAUGUGCAGUACUGUCUUGUUCAUGUUUAAUUUAUUUCUACAACCUCUCCCUCUCACACUCCUGGCACAUUCCUGUGUGUAAAUAUGUUGUUUGGAAUCAGAUGACUGAUUUGUGACUAUAAGAAAGGUCAGAUCGUAACUUCUGAACACUUGAAUGUGGGUCCCCUGCUCUGUUGUCUUUUCCUCUCUGUACCAUGUUGUGAAAGUGAACACCCACUAAAAACGGUUGACAUUCCCUCACGGCAGAAACACAAAAACGUUUAUAUAGGCGUUUUCUCCCCUUUAUCCUACACUAUUUAAAGUCACACGAACAGUACAAAUGUGGGAAAACAUGGGGAGGGGGGAAAAAAAGAUGUAUGUUAAAAUAUAGUAUUUAUUUAGAGACCCAAAAUCAGUGAAUGUGUUUUUGUUUGUUCUGUUUUUGAAGGUAAUGUGUUUUUGGCUCCACGUAAGGAAUGUCUGUUUACAAGUAGAUGUUGACCAUCGUUUCCUCCUCUCGAGCUAUAAUCCUGUGAAAUACUGAAACUGGUCAUUUACAAAGAAGCAAUAUGUUUGCUGCUUGUAUGCUUCUUUGAUUUCUGUAUAUUAAGCAUUUCAAGAAUAAUUAUGAUCGGUCUAUGUGCAAAUGCUCUAUUGUUAGUACAAACCGAAAAAUUGAACCACAUAUUUAAGAUAAAUGUAAGAAUAAAGACUAUGUGAAAGAUA